CCAUUUUGAGAGUGCCAUUUGUAAAGCGGAACAGCCUGUGUUUAUAUGUCAAGAGCUACAUGGUAACCUUUAGCGCUUGAUCCAACUUGGCUUAGUUUGGAUGUCAUCAAUAUACGGCUAAUAGGACACUUCAUCUAGCUGGGACGUACCGGCUGCGAUUUGGAAGCAACUGUGAUGCAGGCAGUAUACAUGCUACCUAGCUAGUGGACAUUGCUAUUUUGUGAUUCUAAAGCCAUUGGUCUCUUGACGUUGUAGCAGGAAUACAGAGUGUGUGAAUGAGCUUCGACAUCCGUACAAAGUUGCUGCAGAAUAUGGAUUAGAGCUCGCUUUCACCAGCUAUAUCAGAUUUAGGAUCAGGCAUUUAUUACAUUUCAUCUAGUCCACAUUAAAAGUGCUGUCAACUGCAUUGUUGCUUUCUAUUAGAUUUGAUAUCAACAAAUUUUAAGCAUUUCAUCAUAUUCUACAUCAGGAAGCUAGUUCUAGCUUGUCUAUGGAUGUUGAGUAGUGGUAUCAAGUAUCAUUUUGUAAGGGAGAAAAGACUUUAUCAAUCUACACUUCUAUUACUCAAUGGACCUGGACCUGGAGUGUUGACUUUGGCUGCUUCUCAUCAUUUCCUCAAUAAGAAACCUCAGAAUCAACAAGCAAAGUCUAGCAGUACUCUGACAAAAAAGCCAAUUAAUGAGCUCACUCCUUAGGAUGGUGAAAACUAAGGCUUGUCUUGCAAGCAUUUCUAGACAAUAGAAGUUAUCAUUGCUAGCUCACUGGCUUUCUACCAAACCAAUUGAAUCCAUUUUGGUAGAUCGUAUGGCAACCUUCUGGUGGAUACCUGGAAUUCAUUGAAUGGAUACGUCAAUGUGAGAUUUCAAACCCAAUAGCAAGACACGUGAUCUGGAUCGUUAGUUAUCUGGAGGGAGUUUUAUGCCUGUGUUUUGUUGCUUGGUUCAACAGUGAAUUAAACUGGUAUCGAUUUAGAGAAACCUGCAACGUAAGAAUGGCAGAAGUCAUCUACAGAUCCACCUUUACCAGUAAACGGUUUCUGAUUGGCCGUGAGAAGGAUAGUGAAAACAGUGAGGUAGCAGCUCUUAUCAAUCAAUCUCUCAAUCGGGAUCGUAUCAGUGCUCCUCCAUCUCAUCCCGCUCCUCCUCCACCAGCUAAUAGACAUCCAGUGCCUUCCCCUGAUGAGGAUACCCCAUCAGUAGAGAUGCCCGGGGAAUCCCCUGAUGAUAAUCAGCUGAUCCAGGGUACCUAUGAUCUAGAUGAUACCCUAAGCAGCGGUGGUGGAAGCUCAGUGGUCUCACCAUCAGAGGCGACAGCUGAAGACUAUGCUAACCUUAGGAUCAAACUCAAGGAGACACAGUACAAGCUUGCCAUGGCUGAGGCAGAGAUACCCAACCUUAAGAUUCAGGCUCUGCAAGCCCAAGGCUGGGAGACAGAGGAGAAGCGUCUGAAGAACCAUAUAGAAGCCCAGGAUCGUCGGAUGGCUAUCCUAGAGAAGGGUUUGGAGAAGAUACAAACCCAAAUAGACAGCAUGAAAAAUGCCCUCAACGAUUCCAAGGAACAGCACGCCGGUCUCGAGAAGAAAUACCAUAAAGCCAAGAAACUCAUCAAGGAUCUACAAGCAAGGGAGGAGGAAUUAGAGGAGAAAGAACGUCUUCAGAAACAGAUCGAAGAUGACAAGGAUGAAAGGCACGCUAAGGAGGUGGAGCAUCUUCAAGCAAGGAUACAAGAGUUAGAAUCAUCGAUGAGCAAUCAGACUAAACUAACCAAUGGCUGGACAGCAUCAGCACCUCAUAGGGAGAUAGUAGGGGAUUCCCCUUCUAGUUCACCUGACAAUGGUGAUGAAGAUGUUGUACUUCUAAGGCAGGCGCAGGUUCCAUCUUUUGAAGCUAUAUUGGAAGCACAGGGAAAGGAAUUGAUAGUAGAUGAAACAUCAGAAGACUUUGAAUGGGACUUCGACAUGGGCCAUCUUAUUUGUGCUCCCCUCCAGUCAGCUCCACCCUCGUCUCGUGUUCAGGAACACGACGAUGACGAUGAUCAAUCAGAUAAUGAAUCAGACAGUGAUCUCUCAGGGACGGAGGGAACGUAUCAUAUCUCAGGGUUACCAGAUGACGAUGAAGAAGAGGAAGAAGAAAAGGAGGAGGAGGAGACGGAAGGACUAGGUAGUGAAAUGGCCUAUGAGGUGUUUAAUGCCUUGAUGCCCGACUCAUCGCGUCUCGAUACGAGCGUAGAGAGGUCAAAGAUCUCCUUGGUAACCAGCGCUGAUAGCCAAUUGGCCAGGAGAAGUAGACCUUCACUCUCACAUCUACGAGACAGGGCUCAAUCCAGUUCAGAGCUAAUGGAUGAACUCGUACCUACAAAAGAAAGCCCACCAAUCAUAGCAAAGAAACCUCAGCCAAUGGAACGUACGCAGAUGGUACGUGUCCUUCCCACAAUGCCCCCUGGUACUACCAAACCCAGCGAGGUAUUACGUAAUCAACCGGCCUCUCCUAAGCUCGGCAGGUUCAGAGACGAAGGUCAGAGUUCACCUCCGAGGUCACCGAAGAUGGGACGCCCUCAAGUGUCAGAAAAAGAACCAGAUAACAGUACAGACCACAUAGCCUCAGGUUACCAGAGUCCACCAUCUCCUGUCCCUGUACCCGUCACUACAGCAACAUCAUCAUCAUCAGGCCUUCCACCAGCUAUGCCUAUCUUGAGGUUACAGCAACCAAACACAAGUGCCCAUAUAGAAUCGUCCCCUUCAUCGUCUUCACCAGAAGGAGUAGGGGUAAGCCUGGUCUCAUCUCGCCCCCACCACCGGCAUAAACAUGAAGAGAGGGCUGUAGAUGUACCCUUUGAUCAGCAGCUGAGUCCUGAGUUAUCUAGUCAGGGUAGUCGUAGCUCUGAGGAUCCUCCUAUGUACGCUCCUCAAGAUGAGAAGAGACAGAUGUUCUCAGCAUAUUCCCAAGAUAACCUUGGUGGUAUGCCUGGUGAGUUUGGAGGAAAGAAGAAGAAGAAAGGCAAAUACAGCAUCUCAGCACCACCACAGGAUGAACCUACCCAGAAGCCUCAUCAUAUAGACGAGCGUCCGGUGUGGGACUGGAAUACAACCCAUGUAUCACAGUGGCUGAUGGCUAACAAUCUAGCUCAGUACAUCAAUGAUUUCUCAGCUAACUCUAUCAAUGGACAAAUGCUGCUACAGCUAGACGGGGCAAGGUUAAAGACGAUCGGUGUGACGAACACAAACGAUAAGAACACAUUCAAGAAGAAAGUCAAGGAGCUGAAGGCUUGCGUGGAGAAGGAGAAGAAGGCACAGCAAAAGGAACAAAAAGCAAGAGAAAAACUACAAAAGAAAGCAGCCAAGAAAAUGUUUGCAACAAGCCCAUAGAUGACAGUGUAUAUCAAAUUUAUUCUUAUAGUGCACAUCCCAAAGUAUUUAUUGCAGAUUAUAGUCAACAUUUCUAUCUCUUAUACUAGGAUGCAUAAGAAAAGCUCUUUGGCUUCUCCCAUUUUUAUAGAACAUCAUGAACUUAAUGUUAUAGGACUUUAAGGUUUACAAAAAAUCACCUACCUGUAGUAAUUACUCCUGAACAUUGCUUCUUAGACAUUGUAUUCAGAUUUAUAUAUGUACGAGUGUGUGUCCACCCAACAUAUCUUUUGGUAACUUUAAAUGUUAUGUCUCAUGUUAGGCCUCAUGUAGAUCAUGGGAUCUUAUAUGAUAGCUUUGCAGGGAGGAUGAAGAGGUUGGAUGGGAACCACAAACAUGCCGCCAAGAACUCAUUUUUUGUCAUAAAUCUGUUCAGAAACUAUGUUCCUGAACAGUUCCUUAGAUAGAAUGUUAUUCCACAGGUGCCAAACAAUUUGAGUUUUAGCAAUACAUGCAUGCAGCAGGCACCCAAAGUCUUUGCUAUGAUUAUUUCUUCACAUAGUACUCCAUGCUUUAGAAUUCUCAUAAAUCUUUAUCGGUUCAAGAGACUGUUUUGCUCUGAAGUAGAAUGUGAUCUAAUGAUCUCCAUCUUCUAGAACAAAAAGGUAAGUAGCAUAAGGGUGUAUGUCACCUGUCAAAGUAUCAUGAAUUUCCAUUUGGAAAUAUUUUAUGACAAAAACAAAUAAAUGAGCUGAAAUAUUGAUAUUUAUAGGAGUUUGAAAUGAUGCUCUUAUAAAAAUAGUCCCCUUAAUUUCCAAAAUCAGAAUGUUUUUGUAAUGAAGAAAUUAAUAUAUCCUUAUGCUUCUUAUCUUUGUGUGAUGUCUGCCAACCUGUUUCUAUGGUGAUGGAAUGAGGGGUCUCCUACGAAAAUAAAAUGUCACUUUUCUUCCAGAUUUUGUAUAGCAUUUAAAAAGAGAAUUUAUAAAUGUGUAUUUAAGCAGAUUGGUACUCUGGCCCAUGUUUUUAUAUGCCGAAAUGUAUUUAGAAGAAGAAAAAAAAAUCAUAAAGGAAAAUAUACCUCGAAUAAUCUUGUAAAUUAAAUUGGUCAUUGUAUUGCUCAUGAGAAAAAAUAGAUGAAAACUAUAUUUUGUAUAAAGCAACCAUUGUCUAUGCUGUCACCAGCAAAUGUGAUAUUAAUGAUAUUAAAAGUCACAAUGAUACAAUAUUACUCUGUAGACUUGACUUUCAUAGACUUUAUUAUCAAGCUGUAAACGUAAUUCAAAUAAUGCACCUUUAUCAAGCAAUCAUCUUAAAUGGGUAUAAUAGUGGUGUACUUUUAGAGCUAUUCUGCAUCUGUUUUUCCUCCAUUUCCCUCCUAACCUGAAGGGAUAUGUUCUAUUUCCUGUAGCCUAUUUAGACCUAGUGCCAAUGAUGGGAAAGAUUAUUUCAGUACUUAAAAACUUUAUUUACAGGUAAUAAAUAAUCAUGCAUUUACUCAAAAUCAUUUUGUAAUUUUUUUAAUUCUCAAGAAAUGUAACAAAAACCAUAUGCUUUGUAAGAUGAGUUUGUAACUUUUUAUCCAUUAUCUGACUGCUUAUGUGAGAAAGAAUAUAACUUAAUGUUUAUGAAUAUGGCUGUAUGAAUUUUAUCUUUGUAUUUUCAUUUUGCUCAUUUUACUUGAAUGUGUUAUUAAUUUUAUUUACUUUUAAUUGUUAUGAGAUUCAAUGUAUGUAUAUUUCUGUUGAUCAAAUAUUAAACAAGAAUAACAGAUGGGAAACAAAUGUAUUUAAAAUUUGGAAUCAGAUAUUAUUGACAUUCCCAUAAUAAAUUCAUAUUCCUAGUAUUAUGUAUGCAGAUGAAACCAUCAUUCAAGUAAUUCCAAGAAUACUUGUAAGUAAGUGAUUUUCUUUAUCAAUUAAAUGUAGCAUUGAAUGUUAGGGGCAUGAGAUGCCAAUGGAAUUAAAUGUGUCUGUGUUUAUACUUAUGUCAUCUAUUCAUGUCUUUCACAUGUUCGGAUAGAGAUCUUGCAUUUUGAAGAGAAUACUUCUAGAAGCUUAUGCAACCUUGUUAUAUCACAUUAUGUCAUCACAAUAAUGGUUUCAUGUCUAAAUACAAUUCAUCUUUUUUCUAUUAUGUAUAAUUCAUAGGACUAAUUUUAUAUCAUCAUGAGUAGAUGAAAAUUUAUUAAGAAUUGUUAUUCUCCAUCUUCUACUUUUUCUUUCAUCUUUCAUUCUUUGAAACCUUCAUCUUCCUUUCCCACUCUUUUCGACCAAUCAUAUAAUUUACCAAGUGUCAUUUAGGAGACUAAUAUCAAGAACAGUCUAUGCAUACAACCCAAACAUUAAUCAGUUUGAAACUGGUAAACAUAUGACAAUCAAUGUUUUUUAUAAACUUGAUAGCGGAAUUGUUGAUGCAUUUUUUUUAAAUGUGUUAUUUGCUUGUCAGGCAUUCCUAGUUAUGUUUCUGUCUACUUUCAUACAAUUUGCCAAAUAUUCAAUGUGAUACAAAAGACAGUAAUAAACGUAAGUGGGCAAGUGAGAGAUAGAGAGAGAGUGUGAAAGAGAUAGAUAUUUUUAAUUCACUAUUUCACAUUAAAUUCAAUCCUUGAUACACUCUUGAUGUUAUGGGGAAGAUUGUCAUGUCAAUGUCACACUUAGUCUGACCUUAACUCAAUGUUCAUCUAUUGAUAUAUAAAACUGUGGGUUUAGUCUAGAUAAUUGUACAUUUGUAUGAAAUGGUAACAAUCAACAAAAGAGGCCUUGGUUUUUUACACACAUUUAUAAGGCUUUUACUUGCGCAUGCGAAUGUUUUCUAGUAAGAAUUAAUCAAAUUAAAUUUGAAUCCACUGCUUAUUGCUUCGUGAUUAAUUUUAUACUCAUUGGGGCAUUUCUGAUCAAAAUCAGUGUCAAUGUCACAAACAUUUGCUAAGUGUUAGUUACGCACAUGACCUACUUAAGUUGCCUGCAUCAUUACAACUUGAAUGGGCGAUGAGAAUCAAACCUAGAGCUUUAUGUGUAGUAAAGGCUGACAGGCAUAGCCUACUCCUUACACAGUUCAGAACAGCACAAAGUUACAUACAUUCAUUUGUAUGCGUAGUCUUUGCUUCUAGCAGUGACACUCUGAAUCAUGAACACAACAGAUAACCAUUGCUUUGGGGUUUUUUUUAGUUCCCAGAGAUAAAAAAGUACGAGGAUACCCUUUAUAGCUUGUAGCCCUGUCCGUUUUUAUCUGUAUUGGUGACUGUUAAAUGUUUACCGCACUUUUCUUAUGCUAUUGCUGUUUUCUUUAGUUUGUUUUUCUCACAUUGUAUUAGUCUGUGUGUGUGUAAUCUGCUGCAUAGUGCAAAACAAAAAAAAUAUAUAUGUUCUUCUAAUUUGAUGUAAUCUUGUUUUUAUUUGUUAAAUUGUAGAUAUGGAAUGUUGGUGUUAUUAACAAUAAUGCCUUUUGUAUUAUCAAAGAAGAAUCAAGAGAUAUAUCAUGCAUUUGUGUAUAUAUAAUGGUUAGUAGAUGAUAAUGUAAUAUAUAAAGAAACAAAAACACUUUGAAAUAAAUGGUGUCAGAAUGGGAAUACAA